AUGACGACUAUUAUUAUUUCCAUUGUCUACGCUGCCUUGGCACUUCCCUUCCUAGCCAAUGCACAACUCUCCGGUACUGUUGGUCCUCUCACGACUAGAGCUGAGAAAGCUGCUACGAAAGUCUGCAAUAUUCUAGACUAUGGUGGCGUUGCAUCAGCUACCACUGAUAAUUCUGCCGCCAUCACCUCUGCAUGGGCAGCUUGUGUUGAUGGCGGAGAAGUCUAUAUUCCGUCUGGCAAAUAUGGCCUAGGAACUUGGAUCACUCUCUCUGGAGGAAGUGCCAUCUCGAUCAAUCUUGAGGGCAUCAUUUACCGGACCGGAACGGCGAGCGGGAAUAUGAUUUACAUCGAGAACACCAAGGACUUUGAAUUCUAUAGUGGAACCUCCGCAGGUGCUAUUCAGGGCUACGGCUAUGAAUUUGCCACUGGUGAGUGCUACACACCUCGCAUUCUUCGUUUGUACGAAGUCACUGACUUCUCGGUUCAUGACUUCGUCCUCGUUGACUCGCCGCAAUACCACUUGACUUUUGACACUUGCACCAAUGGUGAAGUAUACAAUAUGGUCAUCCGUGGUGGUAACGAAGGUGGCCUGGAUGGCAUCGAUGUCUGGGGAACUAAUAUCUGGGUUCAUGAUGUUGAAGUAACAAACAAGGAUGAAUGCGUCACUGUCAAGAGUCCCGCAAGUUACAUCAUGGUAGAAAAUAUCUUUUGCAACUGGUCCGGUGGAUGCGCAAUCGGGUCACUGGGUGCAGAUACAGCCAUCUUCAACGUGGAAUACAAUCACAUUUAUUCCCAGAACUGCAACCAAAUGUUCAUGAUCAAGAGCAAUGGCGGCAGCGGAUCAGUCUAUAAUUGCGCAUUCAAUAACUUCAUGGGCCACACCAACGCUUACACCCUCGAUGUCAAUGCAUACUGGACCGAUGAGACUUUAGCCGCUGGAGACGGCGUUGAGUAUUAUGACUUGUCUUUUGAGCACUGGCACGGCACGUGCGCAGAUGGUGAAAAUCGUGCACCAAUUCAAGUCUUGUGUCCAUCUGAAGUUCCAUGUUACGACAUUACCAUAGAUGCCUUUUACAUCUGGACCGAGUCUGGGGAUGAAGAGCUUUACAAAUGUGAGAAUGCGUAUGGGUCCGGACCGUGCUUGAACGAUGGAACAUCGUAUUCGACCUACACAACCACCUACACUGUCACCACUAUGAGCGACUAUACAUAUACGACUAUGGCUGGAGAACUCUCAUCGGGUUUGGGCAUCACAGCCAGUAUCGCCAUUCCAACUAUUCCUGCAUCUUUCUUCCCUAGUAUCACGCCCUACAGCACUUUACUGGGAUAA